CGCAGAUCGGUAGCAGAGCACCGGGGAGGGAGUGUGUGAGUCCGGCCUGCCGUGAAUCCCGGGCACUGAGCGUGUCCUGCUGGGAUCUCUGUUUCUGCUAAUUCCCCCGCUGCGCCUGGAGGAUGAAGGUCUCUUGCGAGGAUAUAAACGGCCCCCGAAGUUCCCUGAGCCGGGCCUGGAAUCACAUGUCGUGGCUGUACUAUCAGUACCUUCUGGUGACAGCGCUCUAUAUGUUGGAGCCCUGGGAGAGAACCAUCUUCAAUUCCAUGCUGGUGUCAAUAGUAGGAAUGGCGUUAUACACCGGCUAUAUCUUCAUGCCCCAGCAUAUCCUGGCCAUCUUGCACUACUUUGAGAUUGUUCAAUGACCCAGAAGAGCCCUGCUUUGCAAGGGCAUUGAUGGGGGGCACAUUGGCCAUCCCUGUGGUGGCGUAUCUGGCACCAGCGUAUACCUAGAAGAUGGCACCAUGGAUGUAGGCCACCCGUCCCAAGGUGGGAUGAACAGUAUCACGUGUGAGCUGCUGGAGCCCUUCCAUCCCUAACAGGAUGUUCAACAUGCAACGUCAUUCAAACUGGAACUUGACCAUUUUGUUGCCAAAAAAAGCCUGCAGCUUCCUGUCUGUGCCGUAGUCCUAUCUGACAGCAAAAGGGUUAAAGGCAGUAUUUUUCUGUUUGUAAUAGAAUUGUUUUAAAUAUUGCACAGUAAAUGUAUUUUAUGAAGUCA